CAUUAUCGUAUAGAUAGCAAAAAUCAAGAGAGGAGGCGGUUACUAUAUAUAUAUGAGUUCAUUCUCUACUGUCCCCAUACAUUCUGUACCCAUUCAUUUGCUCUCUUUCUUGUCUUUGUCAAAUCAAGAAUCAACCCGAUAAUAUGGCAGCAGAAAAGAAUGGAAUUGCCAAGGAUGUAACUGAAUUGAUCGGUAACACUCCUUUGGUUUACCUGAAUAAUGUUGUGGAUGGGUGUGUUGGACGUGUUGCUGCCAAGCUGGAAAGCAUGGAGCCAUGCUCUAGUGUUAAGGAUAGGAUUGGUUAUAGUAUGAUUACUGAUGCUGAGGAGAAGGGCCUAAUCAAACCCGGCGAGAGUGUUCUCAUCGAACCUACAAGUGGAAACACCGGUGUUGGAUUAGCAUUCAUGGCUGCUGCUAAAGGCUACAAACUCAUCAUUACGAUGCCUUCUUCAAUGAGUCUUGAGAGAAGAAUUAUUCUGCGUGCUUUCGGUGCUGAGUUGGUGCUUACUGAUCCGGCAAAAGGGAUGAAAGGUGCUAUUUCGAAGGCUGAAGAGAUAAAGGCCAAAACACCCAACUCCUAUAUUCUUCAGCAAUUUGAAAACCCUGCAAACCCAAAGAUACACUAUGAAACCACUGGUCCUGAGAUCUGGAAAGGCUCAAACGGGAAAGUGGAUGCUCUAGUCUCUGGAAUUGGAACAGGAGGCACAAUAACAGGUUCAGGCAAGUAUUUAAGAGAGCAGAACCCCAACAUCAAGCUGUAUGGCGUGGAACCAGUUGAAAGUGCUAUUCUUUCUGGUGGAAAGCCUGGUCCACAUAAGAUUCAGGGGAUUGGUGCUGGUUUCGUUCCUGGUGUUUUGGAAGUUAACCUUAUUGAUGAAGUAGUUCAAGUUUCAAGUGAAGAAUCCAUAGAAAUGGCAAAGCUUUUGGCGAUGAAGGAAGGAUUGCUUGUGGGAAUAUCAUCUGGUGCUGCUGCCGCUGCGGCAAUUAAACUUGCUAAGCGCCCUGAAAAUUCUGGGAAGCUCUUUGUUGUUAUUUUCCCAAGUUUCGGGGAGCGAUAUCUCUCCUCCGUGCUCUUUGAAUCUGUCAGACGGGAAGCAGAGAACAUGACCGUGGAGCCUUGAACAUUUCAUCCAUAUCAUAGCCUCGAACUUGUCUGAGCUUUUCCCUUCCGAUGAAAAUAAGGCCUUUUCUUUCCUUUCCUUUAGUGGCCAUGUUCUUCUCAAGUAAAAAAACUAUUGUAGUAUAUUUUAGUAAUUUUACCGUCUCUACAAACACUUGUGACAGUGGAUUUAUUACAGAAAUAUGAAGAGCUAUUGCUUCUUGUUCAUCAAA